AUGGCUGAUAGCAAUCAAAAUGAUGAAAAUCGUCUUGAGGAAACUAUACAUCGCCCUGGGAAAGAGUCAAUGGGAUCUCAAAGACCCCACACCACUAGAACAUCACGUUCAAGGAGAAACGAUGCUAGUGGUGAUCAAAAUUCAGAAAGAAGGAAGGAAUGUACUAAUAAUUCUGAUAGGUACGUGCCUAGAAGUGAGGAUGCUUACGAUCCAACUAGACAGCCUGAUCUUCGCGAGCACUUGAAUCAAAGACAGCCUGAUCUUUGCGAGCGACUAAAUCAAAAUGCACCUAAUUUGCGCCAUCAACUUAAUGCAAAUCAACAGCAAGUGGAUCCCAUCCAAUUGCGAAUCAUUGAAUUGGAGGAUAAGUUCAGAAAGUAUCAGGAUGGAGAACAUGGAAAAUUACCUGGUUACGAUUCGGAUGAGGAAACCGAGCCGUUUCAUCCUGAUAUUUUAAAUUCUGAAUUUCCUCAGGGAUUCAAGAACCCACGUGUCUCGCAUGAUGGAACUACGGAUCCAGUCGCUCACUUGAAUAACUUUAAUACUAUAAUGCGAGCCAGCAAUGACUUUAAGAAACAAUUUCAAGCUGCUAGAGACAGGCGACCUGAAGCAUCAUCCUUAACUAACAUAAAGCAGGAACCAGGCGAGUCGCUUAAGGCUUACUUGAGUCGCUUUAGCACAGCCGUUGUAAAGGUAGGGAUCACAACUAACCUUUCUACGGCUGGAGGCGAGUUGUGGGAUGACCUACAGGAUCGCCCAGUGAGGAACAUUAAUGAAUUCAAUGAAAGAGCGCAAGUAUUUGUGCGCAAAGAAGAAGCAAGAAACGAGAUGAAAAUUCUUGAGAAGACUAUUGUUACUGUUAAUGGUAUGAUUUCUGGGUUCGUGAAGAAUGAGUCAUUUGAUGCUGGUUUGAAUUUGUUUAAACGAAUUCUGGUGUGCCUUUUCGGUUUGGAAUUGAAGCCCAACUAUGUUACUUUAGUAAUAUUGAUUUCUGGUUGUUUUGAGUUUCGAAGACUUGAUGUUGGAAAAACACUUCAUUCUUACUGUCAUAAAACGGGUCUGGAUUCGGUAACAGAGGCAUGUAAUGUACUCAUUGAUUUGUAUUCCAAGUUUAAGUGUAUGAUUGACGCAUCACGUUUGUUCAAAGCAAUGGUUGAUAAAGAUUUGGUUUCAUGGAAUACUAUGAUUUCUGGUUAUGCUUCGGUUGGUGAAUACAUGAGAGCUUUCAUUUUGUUUAGCGAAAUGAGAUCAAAUAAUAUUGCAUUUGAUAGGGUAUCCUUGAUUAGUUUGAUUUUGGCUUCUGGUUACGGUAAAGAAAUUGAUUUGGUCAAAAUAGUUCAUGGCUAUAUAAUAGCUAGUGGAAUAGAGAUCACUGUGCCUGUUGGAACUACUUUGAUUAACAUGUACUCAAAAUGUGGAUCAGUAGAGUUUGCUAGAAAUGUGUUCUCCCAAUUACAAGACGAAAAUAUUGCUUCUUGGAAUGCUCUGGUUCAUGCAUAUGUUGAAUGUCAUCAUGAUCAUGAAGCGUUAGAAGUCUUCAGUCAGAUCAAAUUGAGAAAGCUAAAACCAGAUGAAGUAACCAUGCUAGGAGUAAUCUUAGCUUGUCGAAACUCUGGUGAAUUGUAUCAUGGCAUUGACAUUCAUUCGUACAUUGAAUCGAGUUCUCAUCUCAAUUAG